AUGAAUCAGUGCCCCUCUUGCUCCUUCGAGUCUCAAUGUGAGACAAUUCUGGCCAACCACAUAAGUUCAAACCACGAAAGUCUCGCACUUUUGGCCGAAAUAACCGUCGACAAUAAAUCGUCAAUAUGUUUUUGUAUAAAUUGUUCCCCGAAAAUGCUACAAAUUGAAGAAAUAAACGACAUUGUAACAAUUCCAAAAAUCAUCAAAAAUGAAAUCAAAGAAGAACUGUUUCCCGAUGAGUUCGCAAGUGAAGAUACAAUUCUAGUCGACCCUUUCAAAUUUGAGCCCAACAAGUGGUUCACAUGUAAUCAAUGUCCAUACAAGUGUAAAGAACGCUCGAAAUUAACCAGACACAACUCCCUCAAACACUUGAAUGAAAAAGAAAUUGUGUGGUACACCUGUGAACAAUGCCCCUACCAAACCAAGCAGAAGAGUACUCUGAAAAAUCACAUCAAGCACCGACAUCUCCCUCCAGACGAAGUCAAAUGGUUUCAGUGUCAACACUGCAUUUACAAAACCAAAACAAAGUCCUGUUUGGCCUACCAUCAAUUUCAGCACGCCAGUCCUGAAAAUAUUCAGUGGUUUAAAUGUGGUCAUUGCGAUUAUAAAGCGAAAACGAGGAGUCGCUUGAAUAAACAUGUUUCAGAGCUACAUAGCGCUCCGGGGGACAUUAAAUGGCUGAAAUGUGAGCACUGCUUGAUGUAUGUCACGAGGAGGAAUUCGUCCUUGAAGUUACACAUUAAGCGCAAACAUUCGGGCGUUGUAACUUAA